GGUCACUAGGUUUUGAGACACGGCCAUUGUGUGGAGCUCAGUCAGGAAUCUUCGCUCUUCUAUUCUUCCUUGUGUCUGAUUUUUAAGGGAGGAGCUGUAACUCUCGGGAAGAUCUAGAGACUUUGGCUGAGGAUAACAGCAGGACUGAAGGACGGUUAAUUAUGGAUCCAGCAUCUCUUCCAGAACAACUGUCAGUUGUUAAUGAACAGGUGCUGAACUCAUCGGACAGAUCAGUGACCUCAGCUGUGUGUCUGCGCCGCUUCCUCUGUUACGGCUCUGAGAGCGCCACAUAUAGCACUAAAGAGUGUCCUCUGGGUAUAGAGAACGCCCUGUCCCUGAUGCAGUUCAUCGAGGAGGGACGAGGCUGUGAGGUGGUGGAGGAGAUCAGACGCUUGAAUCUGGAGGGCCGCACUGUCCGUUCCAACCCCAGCCUCUUUGCCCUGGCUGUCUGCUCGCAGCAUGCAGACUGCAAGACCAGGAAGGCCUCCUUAGGGGCCCUGAAGGAACUGUGUCAAGCGCCUGUGCAGCUUUUCACAUUUGUGCAGUAUAAGAAAGAGCUGAAAAAGGGCUCUGGGAUGUGGGGCCGGGCUCUGCGGAGGGCCGUGACUGAUUGGUACAACAGCCAGGACGGAAUGAGCCUGGCGCAGGCCGUGACCAAGUGCAAACACAGGGCAGGCUGGUCCCACCAGGACCUUCUCAGGCUGUCCCACAUGAAGCCAACCAAUGACACUGUUGCACUUGUUUGCAAAUACAUCACAAAAGGAUGGAAAGGGGUUCAGGAAGCGUAUGGUGAUAAAGAGAUCUCUGAGGAUCUGCAGAAGGUUUUUGCAUAUCUGGAAGCUGUGGAGAAAGCCAAACACUCAACUGAUGAACAGGAGCUGGUUCAUCUUAUUGAGGAGCAGAGGCUGGAAAAAGAGCAGGUUCUGACCAACCAUCUGAAGUCCAAAGAGGUAUGGAAAGCAUUGCUAAAAGAGAUGCCAGUGGUUGUUUUAUUGAAGCAUUUGGGUAAGUUGACAGCAGACAAGGUUCUGGCACCAGGAAGUCCGGAUGUUGCAGCUGUUUGUGAAAGGAUUCAGGAUGAGACUGCCCUGAUAAAGGCAAAAACACAGCCGUUCAACAUUCUUGUGGCAUCUGAAAACUAUAAGAGAGGACAUGGGAAGCGUAGCAAACUGAAAUGGGAGCCCGAUGGAGACAUUAUUCAAGCCCUGGACUGCGCCUUCUGCAAAACUAUUUCAAUUGUGGAGCCCACAGGCAAGCGGUUUUUGGUUGCAGUUGAUAUAAGUUCUUCUUUGAGCAGUGUGACUCACGGCAGCUCCAUCAGCACUGUGGCAGUAGCAGCAGCAAUGUGCAUGGUAAUUGCACAAACGGAGCUAAACGCACAGAUUGUUGUUUUCUCUGAAGGAGGUGUUGUUCCCUGUACUAUCUCUUCUGAUAUGACUCUUAUGCAAGUAGCAGCACAGCUCAUCCAGACUCCUGGUGGCAGUACGGACUGUGCCUUACCCAUCACUUGGGCAUCAGAGAAUGAGAAAUCUGUGGAUGUCUUCAUCAUUUUCACCAAUAAUCACACCCUUGGGAGGAAAAAUCCAGCAGACACACUGAAGACGUAUAGACAAAAAAGUGGUGUAUUUUCCAAACUGAUUGUGUGUGGAAUGAUUGCCAACUCACUGUCCAUCGCUGACCCUGAAGACGGCGGCAUGCUGGACAUCUGCGGCUUUGACUCGCAAGCAGUCGAUGUCAUCCGUAACUUCGCACUUGAUGCCAUUUAAAAGCUUUAUGUUUUGUAACAUGCAGCCAGUUUUCUAAAGGACAACGAGACAUUGAUGCACCCCGCGUCAACAUGAAGAAAAAAAAGACAGUUCUUGCAUUUUAAUAAGAUAAUCACAUCGUUGUUUUUACAGGUUGGAAUCAAGUUAAGGCCUAAUUCAAUAUCCAGCAGGCUGGAUUAGUUGCAGUGAAAAUCAAGGGGAACAAAUUAAUGAAGUAACUAUUACGUUAACCCUAUUCAUUCAGUAUACUGUAUGUUUAACUUGGUCCAAUGUAAUGUCUUUUACACAUUUUUAUCAAGUUAAAAAGUUGUGUAUGUCACUGACCUUUGUUAGAAGUAAUGUUCUAUAUUUUUAGAGGCCUUGCUCAUUGUGUAAAGUCUUCAUUCAUGUUUUGUUCUGUGUAAUGAGAUGUUUUAAAAUAUUACACAUUGAGCUGAAAGUGCACAUACAGGUCUUCCACAAAAAUAUGAAGAGAAAUAUGAAGCAAAAUACAUUUGCAAGGUCAUUGAAAUGGAAAUCGAGCAAUUUGUUGCUCUCAGAAACCGAUGUAGCCUAUGUUUACAUGACCAUGAUGUACUAAAAAUGGAAAGAAAAAAUCGUUUUUCACGUACAGACGACAACGUUGUCAAAACGAUCCCCGUUCACACGGAUCCGCGGAAGCUAUUAAAAAAACACUGUAUUAUGCUGCCAGACCAGUAGUUGGCGAUGUCACUUUGUAAAGAAAAACUAUGCCUAUAAACUGAACGCAUAAUAUGCAUGAACAUGACAUCACCGUUUUCACAAAUUCGCAUUUUUGUAGUUUACACGAAGACGAUGACGGUAUCGUUUUCAAAAACUUUGAAAUCUGUUUCAAAUGUUUGCAUUUUCAGGCCCCCAAAAUGCCAUUGUCAUAUAAAUUAACAGCCAAAAUGUUUUUAGUUGAAAACAGUGUUGUGUAAACUGACCCUAAAUUACUAGACUUGUCAAUUUAAUGUUUAAUGUUCAAAUACUUCAAGUGUUUUGUGGUCCAGCAACUUGAUAUUUGAUAAAUGAACGCAAAUAACUACUAAUUAUGAUUCAAGAGAAGCUUUUCCCUUCAGUCUAUUUAAGACUUAACUGAAUAUUUUACAAUUUACUCCUUGGCGCACUUUUGAUGAACUAAAUAACACUAUAUAAAUAUUCCAAAACUGAGAAAAAAAGAGGUAUAUGCAUUAAAUGGUAGAGCUUGUUAAUGGAUCUUGCUUCUAGAUUCAUUUAUGUGUAGAAAGUUACCUUUGGCGUUUUCUGUUGCUCUUUGUGCCUCUUAAAGUCAAAUCAAGGUAAUAAGUUUGCUAAUGCUGCUAGGAUAAUAAUUAUGUAAAGGAAAUGUAGGCACAAACUAACAAACACUAAAAACAUCUGUAGACAAUUACUACCUGUUACUUCUGAGAUACAAAACUGAAUGUACCUUUGUUUUAUUUGUGUAAUAUUAGAGUUAAUUUAGAUCUAAACCUCUGAUGGGAUAAAUAAAUAUGACAAAUAAUGAAA